CGUCGACAACAUAGGGAAACUAAUUAAAAAGAGUAGAAUUUCCGUGAUACGUAUUUCAUAGAAUUUCCGGAGUAUAUUGUAAUGGAAGAAGAACUUCAAAGAUUCUUCAAGGUGUUGAUGCCUGGCUUUGAAACAAAACUUAUGCUUCCCCCGAUCAUAUGUGAGAAGCUGCGCGGAAUGGAGCCAAAAGGAACGAUUAUGUUAGAGAGUCGAAAGGGAAGAUGGGUCGUGGAAAUAACAAAAUGCGAAGAAGGAAAUCUAUGGUUGACAGAAGGGUGGAACAAGUUUGUGCGUCAACACGAAUUGGCGGUCGGAGAUUUUGUAGUGUUCAAGCGUAUGGGUAGGAGCAUGCAGUUUAAGGUCACUAUGUUUGAUCGUUCUUGCUGCGAGAAAGAUCUUUACCCUAGCGGCAGCGGCAGUGGUGGCGGCACGUCCGAAACCAAUAACGACGGUGUAUCUAUGGUGGAAGUUAAAGAAGAAGAUGCACAUGUCCAAAGACACAAUAAUCGUAUCAAAAGCUCCAUGAAGGGUAAAAUGAAUAAUGUUGGAAAAGAUGGAGCACAUAGCAUGGUCCUCAUGGAUGUUGGCAGAAAAAGAGGGCGUCCUAAGGCUGGAAGUAUAGUUUCACGGAGCCAAAAACAACACAUGUCACCAAUGAGGUCGUACAAUGUCCGUAAAAUAGGACCUUAUUUGAAUAUACCUCGAGAGUUUUGCAUAGCAAAUGGAUAUCGUCAAAAUACAAGAGUAACCCUGAAAGGUCCUAUUGGGGACUACAAAGUUACUCUCUUAAUAAACAAAUGUGCCUUCUUUAGUCAGGGUUGGCGUGAUUUCGUAGAGAUCAAUAGAGUGGAAGAAGGAGAUAUUUGCAUCAUCAGGCCACGUGACACUACAAGUACAGGUGGUAGGGUAUUUGAUAUUGAGGUCCUUCGGGUGGGGACCACCUAGUUACUCUUAAAAAAAUAAUUAUGUGUGAGUGAAUCCCAUCGAUUCUAAUAAGCUAGAUUUUAUGGUGCCCAUAAGAUAUCAUACAUUUGUUCACAUGGAUCAAUUAGAAGGUUGUAGUUGAAUUAUUUAAGUCUAAAUAAACAGUGAUAUACUUAUUUGGACCAAUAAGUAUCAAGUAAAUGGUAAGUACGAUACCCCAUUUUUUAAAUGAGUAUUGUAGUUCUUACCAAUAAUAAUCAUCUUAUCGAAUAAUACUAAUGUUAUUUAUUUGGAC